AUGCUUCCAUUGACGCUGCUCAAUGCAGCUGUGAACAAACCAGUUCUUGUGGAGCUGAAAAAUGGCGAAACAUUCAACGGGCAUUUGACUGCGUGCGACAACUUUAUGAACGUCAUGCUGCGCGAUGUGUAUCAGACGAGUGCGAUCAAAUACUGCCGCGUCGCCGACGCACUGAUCGACGCCGUGAAGGAAUCCGAGGAGCAUGCACGCAAACAGCGACAGUCUGCAGGAAGCGGGCGUGGCCGCGGCGACAUGGGCCGCGGCCGCAACGAUGGACGCGGGCGUGGGCGCAAUCCGCGCACACAGCGUGUAUAG